ACACAGUUAGAGAGCUUUCUUCUUUUUCUUCUUUUUUAAAGGGAACCGUUCUCUUCUGGGUUUCCUUUGAACUUAAUUCAGUAGAAGGAGCUGUGUUCUCCCCAGACCAUCUGCUCUGGAGAUGUUGGCAGAGCUGUCCAGAAAAAUGAAACAACUCAUGUGCUUGCUCAUCUGGUUCUUUCUUUUGGAAGCACCAGCCUUCGAAAUCCCCACAAAUGGACUUCCUGAAUUUACAGAAUAUGGUGAUCUUGUGGAAUUGGCCCCAGCCAAAUUUCAAUUUGUGACAGACAACCGGAGGUAUCAGAGAAGCCUUUCUGAAGAAGAAUCUGGUGAAAGGAUGGAGAAUGUUGAUCAAGUAACUCUUUAUAGCUAUAAAGUCCAGUCCACAAUUACUUCUCGUAUGGCCAAUACUAUCAUCCAGAGCAAACUGGUGAACAACUCCCCACAGCCUCAAGAUGUUGUAUUUGAUGUCCAGAUUCCCAAAGGAGCCUUCAUCUCCAACUUCUCUAUGACUGUAGAUGGCACGACAUUUACUAGUACCAUUAAGGAGAAAACUGUGGGCCGAGCUCUCUACUCACAGGCAAGAGCAAAAGGCAAGACGGCGGGACUGCUGAGGAGCAGAGCCCUUGACAUGGAGAACUUCAAAACCGAGGUAAACAUCCGUCCUGGAGCAAAGGUGCAGUUCGAGCUUCACUACCAGGAAGUGAAGUGGAGGAAGCUGGGGUCAUAUGAGCACAGGCUUCACCUGCUGCCGGGACGGCUGGCGAAACACUUGGAGGUGGAUGUGUGGAUAGUUGAACCUCAGGGAAUGAGAUUUCUUCAUGUUCCUGACACAUUUGAAGGCCAUUUUGAUGGUGUUCCUGUGAUAUCUAAAGGACCCCAGAAGGCACAUGUCUCCUUCAGGCCCACAGUAGCACAGCAAAGAAAAUGUCCCAACUGUUCUGAGACUGCAGUGGAUGGAGAGCUGGUGGUGAUGUAUGAUGUGCACAGAGAAGAGAAGGCUGGUGAGCUUGAGGUAUUCAAUGGAUAUUUUGUCCACUUCUUUGCUCCUGAGAACCUGGACCCCAUUCCCAAAAAUAUCCUUUUUGUCAUUGACGUUAGUGGCUCCAUGUGGGGAAUUAAGAUGAAACAAACUGUAGAAGCAAUGAAGACCAUAUUGGAUGACCUAAGAGCAGAAGACCAAUUCUCUGUGGUUGACUUCAACCACAAUGUUCGAACCUGGAGAAAUGACUUAGUUUCUGCUACUAAAACACAGAUUGCAGAUGCCAAGAAAUACAUAGAGAAAAUCCAGCCCAGUGGAGGCACAAAUAUCAAUGAAGCACUCCUGCGGGCCAUCUUCAUUUUGAAUGAAGCCAAUAACUUAGGACUGUUGGACCCCAACUCAGUCUCUCUGAUCAUUUUGGUUUCUGAUGGAGAUCCAACAGUAGGUGAAUUAAAAUUAUCAAAAAUUCAGAAAAAUGUGAAGCAGAAUAUGCAAGACAAUAUCUCCUUGUUCAGUUUGGGGAUAGGAUUUGAUGUUGACUAUGAUUUUCUGAAGAGACUCUCCAAUGAUAACCGUGGAAUUGCUCAAAGAAUUUACGGAAACCAGGAUACUUCUUCCCAGCUCAAGAAAUUCUACAACCAAGUAUCUACUCCCCUGCUCCGGAAUGUUCAGUUCAGCUAUCCGCACACCUCAGUAACAGAUGUCACUCAAAACAGUUUCCACAACUAUUUUGGAGGCUCAGAGAUUGUGGUGGCAGGAAAAUUUGACCCAGCUAAACUACAGCAAUUAGGAGGCAUUAUCACUGCAACUUCGGCUAGCACAGAUUUGGUCCUGGAAACCUUGGCCCAGAUGGAUGACUUGGAGGAUUUUCUAUCAAAAGACAAGCAUGCGGACCCUGAUUUCACCAGGAAACUGUGGGCCUAUCUAACAGUCAACCAACUGCUGGCUGAGCGUUCUGUAACGCCUCCACUUCGCCACCGCAGAAGCCUGGCCCCUACUGCUGCCACGAAGAGGAAAAUUACAAAAACAAUCCUGCAGAUGUCCCUGGAACAUCAUAUCGUGACCCCACUCAGCGCGAUGGUCAUUGAGAACGCCGCUGGGGACGAGCGCAUGCUGGCCGACUCCCCUCCACAGGACAUCUCCUGCUGUUCAGGUGCCCUCUACUACGGCAGCAAAGUUGCCCCAGGUUCCAUCCCAUCUUGGGCCAGCCCCUCCCCGACGCCGACCGCGCUGUCUCUGGUAGCUGGGCCACCAAUGGAGGCCACGCCACCUUCCCAUGUGAUAAGAGUUGAAAAUGACCCACAUUUCAUCAUUUACCUACCAAAAAGCCAGAAGAAUAUUUGUUUCAAUAUUGACUCAGAACCUGGAAAAAUCCUCAACCUGGUUUCUGAUCCAGAAUCAGGAAUUUUAGUCAAUGGUCAGCUUAUUGGUGCCAAGAAGCCCCAAGAUGGAAAACUAAGCACCUAUUUUGGAAAACUGGGAUUUUAUUUCCAAAGUGAAGACAUGAAAAUAGAAGUUAGCACUGAGAACAUCACCAUAAGCCAUGGUUCUCAUACAUCCAUCUUGUCCUGGUCUGAUACGGCUCGCGUCAUGAACUCGAGGGUGGUUGUCUCCGUGAAUAAAGAAAAAACUGUGACUCUCACCCUGGAUAAAGAAAUGUCCUUUUCCAUUCUGCUGCAUCGUGUUUGGAAGAAGCAUCCAGUCAACGUAGACUUUCUGGGGAUCUACAUUCCCCCUACAAACAAGUUCUCACCUAAGGCUCAUGGACUAAUAGGCCAGUUCAUGCAUGAGCCAAAGAUAUACAUCUCCAAUGAGAGACCAGGAAAGGACCCCAAGAAGCCAGAGGCAAGCAUGGAAGUGAAAGGACAGAAACUGACUGUCACCAGAGGCUUACAGAAAGACUACAGAAUGGACAUUGUGCUUGGAACAGAUGUUCCCUGUUGGUUUGUGCACAACAGUGGAAAAGGUUUCAUCGACGGAUAUUACAAGGAUUACUUCGUGCCUCAGCUCUACAGCUUCCUCAAAUGACCUUAAAGGUUUAUAAUUUUGGAAAUUCUCUGUAUAAAUACACACUUUUUUCCUCUGUCACUUUUGUAGCCCUUCCUCAGUAUGAAUAAUUUUUUAAAACCCAACCAAUGGUAAUUGACCAAGUCUGUUAACACAUCUGAAGAAAAUAAAUGUUUUUGCAAAGAA